UUAAAAAAGAAAAAAAAGGGUUGUACUCUAUAUUUUUCCCAGCCCUAAUCUAAUCGCACCUUCAUAGUUCGGAAGCAUCCACAUUGAGGUAGUCGCAUUAUCACUAGGCUUCAUCCCGAUUGAGGCUUUCAUUGCGAUCCAUCGAAUUCUUUGAUUUUCAGUUCUGAGCUUUGCAUCGGCAUAUUUCCGAAUUCGCGUGGUUUUCUUCCAAGGUGGGAAGUUCUUUGGUGCUAGAUGGGUGAAACUGGGAAGCGAACUCGUAGGCACGAUAAUGAUAACAAGAACCAGAAAAGGAGGACAGAGAGAGGCGAGCAGGGCGAUGCUGAGCUGGUUGUCUACAGGAUUUUAUGCCCUGCUAAUGUUAUCGGGAGUGUGAUUGGAAAGAGCGGGAAAAACAUAAAUUCCAUUAGGCAGAACACUGGUUCAAAGGUUAAGGUGGUGGACCCAUUUCCGGGUGCUAAGGAUAGGGUCAUACUCAUCUAUUGCUAUGUGAAAAAUAAGGAAGAUCUUGAGGUGGAUGGGGAGUUCAAUGACAGCAAACCACUUUGUGCUGCACAGAAUGCUCUUCUUAAAAUGCACGAGACAAUCUCCAAUUGUGUUGCUUCAUUUAGGGAGUCUGACAGCAAACACAAGGAAAGGGAAGUUUGCCAGCUUCUUGUUCCUACUAGCCAGAGUUCAAAUGUCAUUGGGAAGUCUGGGGUAAUCAUAAAAAAGCUGAGAAGCGUGACAGGGGCAAACAUUAAAGUAACUGCAAAGAACGCCAGUGAUCCAAACCAUUCGUGUGCAUUGGAGUUUGAUAAUUUUGUGCUGAAAGAGUGCUUAAUUUGAGGAAGUAUUUCAUAUGUAUGUUUCAUUUUGUUCUCCUAAGCUAUUAAUCAUUAUGAUGAUAAUAUCUAGGUAACUCAUAAUGUUGACUUACAUCAAUAAAUUGUAUUUCAUUAA